CACCAGUAUAUAGCACAUACACCACUAAUAUUAAAAAUCCCAGAAUGCUUUGCUAGUGUGUUGGUCCAUCAGUCUAAACCAGCGAGCGCCCCUUCCCAUUCUGUUGCAGUCGUACGCAACUAUGCUACCAGUCUCUUCGAGUAAAUUUAUACUUCCCCUUCCCAAAAAUGCCCAAACGAAAGAUGGAAAACGGUUAACUUCCAAGACAGGUGGGAGGCAGAUUGUUUGUUCACUAAAGUAAAAGACAGACCUCUUUGUCGUGUGCGGCGCAACGUGGUUGUAACAAAGAAUAUAACAUAAUUGAAGUCAUGUUUUUUUUUUUAACGCCCUUUAUCAACUCCGAGUCAGGGACUGUUCAUAGUUUGAGGUUUAGAUUUUUAUUGAAGGACAUUCGUAUUUUCGGGGUUGUUUUUGUUGUUGACCUUUGAAAAAAGAUUUGCAUAAAAAAGAAAGGCAGUUGGAGAUCGAUAAAUAGAAGAUAGAGAGAAGAAUUCAUGUUAUCUAUUUAAAUGCGAAAAAACAAACAAAUACCACUGAUGUCUUUUAUCGCAAAUUUGAUUUCUCGUGUAAUAAUAUUCAAGUUUGCAAAAUGUAAGUUUGUUGUCAAUGAUAAACUUUAACGCUACAUUUCUGUAGAAAAGGGAAACGUGCACAUCGCAGCGAUUUUUCAUUAAAUAUUGAGUUUGGCCCGCGACGUUGUCCCAAUUUUUAAUUUUGGCCCACCGUGAAUUUGAGUUUGACACCCCUGCUGUGGAGUAUUAAGAAGGCUGAAGUCGUGAAGUGACGUCAUUGUAAUGACUGAGUAGACACACCAGAUGGCGCUAUUACCCCUCAGUCUAAUUCUGACCUAAAAUGACAUCACGUUUGAAUUCAAUGUACUCAAUUUACAAUGUGCUUUAAUUUCAUUUCAUUUUUUUUUUUUUUUUUUAGAACAUGCAUAGAAUUGGGCUGUGGAGUUAGAAUUCAAUUGUUUGUUUGUUUUUUUUCCCCCUUAAUCAAAUCAACCUCGGUGGCUUGGUCGUGCAAGUAAAAUGCAACUCUCACUUUAAAAGAAGGCGCGUCCGCGCUUGUGCGGCGGCGUGUGUUUAUCCUGCGAGCCUCCUGCGGGCACAUGGAGGCAAGCCGCCCGCCCGCCGUCCCUUUGCAUCCACAACCUGGCGACAUGUGAGCCGCAUUCGGUGGCCCGUUUCCCUCUGCUACACCUUCGGUUUUUUUUUGGUUUUUUGGUUUUUGUCUUUCCCUUGCACCGGUUUGAAGGGCAAUAAAUAAAAGGAGUCGGGAGCCGCCGUGGAUCCGCGACAUGGAGGCGGCGCCGGGCAGGAGCUGCUGCCGGGAGCGCACCUUGGCCGAGCGGCAGUGAGGGGAGAGGAGGUGACGGGAUGGCAGCCUCCAGCAACUCCAGCCUCUCCGGUUCAUCCGUGUCAUCUGACCCUGAGGAUUACCAACCACCAAUAUGGAAGUCCUACUUGUACCAAUUACAGCAGGAGGCCCCGAGACCGAAAAGGAUCGUAUGUCCCAAGGAGAUGGAAACCAGGCCCAAAUACUACGGCAGAGAAUUUCAUGGCAUGAUCUCUCGAGAGUAUGCAGAUGAGCUUCUCAGGGCAACCGAUGGUUCCUAUUUGAUCAGGGAAAGCCAAAGACAGCCCGGGACACACACAUUGGCCUUACGAUUCGGGCCGCAGACGCUCAACUACAGGCUGUUCUACGAUGGGAAGCACUUUGUCGCCGAGAAGAGGUUUGAGUCGGUGCACGACCUGGUCACAGACGCCCUCAUUACUCUCUACAUCGAGACCAAGGCGGCGGAGUACAUCGCCAAAAUGACUGCAAACCCCAUCUACGACCACCUUGGGUACACCUCGCUGCUAAAGGACAAGCUGGUGCACAGGCUGAGCCGCGGACGCACGGAAUCCCGCAGGGUCACCUUCGUGAGGGAUGAAAGGAUCUCGUCCUCUCUGGUUCGGCAGAGCGCCUUGAAAGACACCGCGGAGAAGCGGUGCUCCUACGAGAAGAUCCACAACUUCAAGGUACACACCUUUCGAGGGCCACACUGGUGCGAGUACUGUGCCAACUUCAUGUGGGGCCUGAUUGCCCAGGGUGUCCGCUGCUCAGAUUGCGGGCUGAAUGUACACAAACAGUGCUCCAAACUGGUUCCCAGCGACUGCCAACCGGACCUGCGGCGGAUAAAGAAAGUGUUCAGCUGUGACCUCACCACGCUGGUCAAGGCCCACAACACCCCGAGGCCCAUGGUGGUGGAUCUCUGCAUCCGAGAGAUCGAGCUACGAGGUAUGAAAUCCGAAGGUCUGUACAGAGUGUCCGGCUUCUCGGAGCACAUCGAGGACGUGAGGCUCGCCUUUGACCGAGAAGGGGAAAAGGCUGACAUCAGUGCCAGUGCCUAUGCAGACAUCAACAUCAUUGCUGGUGCUCUGAAGCUCUACUUGAGAGACCUCCCCAUCCCUGUCAUUACUUUCGACUUGUACCCCAAAUUCAUUCAAGCAGCAAAAAUUCCAAAUGCUGAAUGCAGACUGGAGGCCGUCCACGAGGGUUUGCUGCAACUUCCACCGGCUCACUAUGAGACCUUACGCUACCUGAUGGCUCACCUCAAGAGGGUCACGACGUUCGAGAAGGACAACUUGAUGAAUUCUGAGAACUUGGGCAUCGUCUUUGGUCCGACGCUGAUGCAGCCCCCCGAGCAAAACGCCCUGACCACGCUGAACGACAUGAGGCAGCAGAAGCUUGUGGUGCAGCUCAUGAUCGAACACGAAGAUGUCUUAUUCUAGCUGCCACCUGCCACGACCACAGACGCUUAUUUAUUCUGUCUACCAGGAAAUCCAAGCCACCUUGAGGAGAGUCAUUUAUGAUCACAGCGCUCUUGAGGAGCUUCCUUUUCACGCAUGACUGUUUUGGUGUUGACAUUGUCUUGUUUCUGUCUGUUACGGAGUGCGACACUCUGCCAACACAUGUUUGAUUGAACACAAGAUCCGAGAUGUUUACAACCUGCAGUGCUGUUCCCUGCUCUCUUUUAUUUGAAGAGUACACCGCUACCUUCCCGUGUACGCCGUGUGCAGUCUGUGAACGUCUGCAUUACGAGUGAACUUUCCCACGUGUGCAAUUUGUGGAUGGUUUGUGGGAAUGUUGGCUAACUUUUAUGGAAACAAUAGACAUCCUCUCAUUUUUAGGUCAAGAGAAGAUCUUUCAAUGAUGAAUAUUUUAUGUGUACAAAAGAUGAGACAGUUGGUCAAUUCAUGAAGCACUUUUUUGCGACGUGUGUACAGAUUUGUUUUGUAAAGAUGUUUAUUUUUGUCUUUUUACUCUGAAUCAUGUUUUAUUGUCACAGUAAUAUAUACUGUAUACAUAUAUAUACAGUUGGGAAUGAUGCAUGUUCCAUUGGUGUCUGGAUACAAGAGUUGAGAAAAAAAAUUAAAGAAGUGUUGUAUUACA